UUGUAUAACGAAUGCGGCCCCCAUCAAGUUGUUGGUGAAGGAACAAAUCUGUAAGUUUUGGUCUUCCGUCUGUUGUCAAUUUCUUCUAAGAAGAAUUCUUCCUUAAUUUUCAGUUUAUACGGAGUAAAGAUUGAAUUUUUUGGUAGAAAUAGUAAAAGAAAAAGGAAUGUCAUCUUCAGCUCAGGACCCUUUCUACAUUGUUAUGGAAGAGAUCCAAGAUUCUAUUGACAAGUUGCUAUCUAGCUUUCACAAAUGGGAGCGUCUUGCUCCAGAUAGUGGAGAGCAACUAAAUCUGACCAAGGAACUUCUUGCUGGUUGUGAGAGCAUUCAGUGGCAGGUGGAUGAAUUGGAUAAAACAAUUUCUGUAGCAGCAGGAGAUCCUUCAUGGUAUGGUAUCAAUGAACCAGAGCUUGAGAAAAGAAGAAGAUGGACCAGCAAUGCUCGAAGUCAGGUUGGCAAUAUGAAGAAGGCAAUAGUAGCUGGGAAGGAGUCUAAUGGCUUAAGCUCUUCAAAUGUAAAUGGAAUGCGUAGGGAACUCAUGAGAAUGCCAAAUUCGCAACAGACGGACAGAUCCAACCAGUAUGUUACACAAGCUAAUGAUGAUCUCAUAUCCUCAGAAUCAGACAGACAGCUACUUCUCAUAAAGCAACAAGAUGAAGAGUUGGAUGAGCUCAGUGCUAGUGUAGAAAGAAUUGGUGGUGUUGGCCUUACGAUACAUGAAGAACUUCUUGCACAUGAAAAGAUUAUAGAUGACUUGGGUACAGAGAUGGAGGGAACAUCAAAUCGCCUUGAUUUUGUUCAGAAAAAGGUUGGCAUGGUAAUGAAGAAGGCUGGAGCCAAGGGUCAAUUUAUGAUGAUUUUGUUCCUUCUCGUUUUGUUUAUCAUUCUGUUUGUGCUGGUCUUUUUCACUUAGUCUUGAAAGAUUUUGGCAUUUAGUCUAUUGCAUGAGGGAGGUUACCACUGUUGGAAUAAAUUGGAAACUUUUGGUGGAUGUAUAUGAAUUAGAAAUUUCUUUCCCGUAUAUGAAUUAGAAGUAUACCAUCAUUGGAACGUUGUUGGCUGUGUUGUACUUAGCAGAGCUUCUUAGUUUCGA